UAUUUUUACAAAUUAAAAAUAAUUUAAUGUUCCUAUAUAUUGAAUAUUUUUCUUUUAAUUUAACAUAUAUACUUUUUAAAUUAUAGUGGUAGCAGAUGGACCAAAAGUCCUAAUACUAUUUUUUUCUUUAAGCUGUGGUCUAUAAGUUAAAGUGUCCACAAGGGGGCGUGAUGUUCCGUUGUACAUGCAGGUCAGAGUUAUAUUUAUUUACAAGCAAAGGCCCAAAUCGGUGUCUCCAUCUUAACCUUUUUUAUAUAGUAUAGAAAAGAUAUUUGCAAGAGCCUUUGUCUGGUGGGAUGCAUUGUGGAUGUGUAGGACAAUGUGCCUGUCUAAUGAAUGAAGUGUAACAGUAAAGCCACAACACUCACACAUGGAAAUAGUUGUUGUAAAUACUUUAUGCAGUACUUUUUGGUGUUGUGAUCCUUUGGGUUCUACUGCCAACUCCUGUUUUCCUCUUAUGGUGUCUCGGUGUAGUUUAAACCUCGUCCUGGCUGCCCCAGGCUAUGCUUUUAUUAAAGCAUCCUGAAUUAAUGUGUUGAAGAUCACAUUUCAUGGAGAGGUAAAACCCCAUCUGCACCUCUGCAGUCUCUCGUUGCUCUCAUUCUAAGUCAUUGCAUUAUCAGAGGACCCAGAAGGAACUAUUUGCCAGCAUUGCUCUUCAUGCCUGAUGCAGCAUUUCCAGCCAAGUAGGAAGGGAAAGAGAAGAGAUCAGGGUUUCAGGCUGAUAAAUAGAUGGAGACAUUAGUAAAUCUCACCUGACACGUUCUGAUGCCAGCCUGCAGACUUAGUGUCUGCAUCCCUUAACAAGGAGAUCCUCUUUCUGGGAAAAGCUGCAUGGUUCAAAGUCACCACACACAAAGAUACUCGAUACUGUCAUUUUACUUAAGAAAUUGAUAUUUCAAUUCUAUUCAUGAUUACUCGGUCCUUUCAUGGCUUAUGUAAGUUUAGUAGAGACAGUAAGAGGACAAUAAAGCAUAGCGUAUUAGUGUAUGGCUCCAUGUUUACAUGAUCCUGUCCUUUUGUGUUUACUUCAGCGAUCCUCUUUACUGCUCUGUGGUCCACCUGACAUCAUGCAGGGAAAGAGGAAGCUAGUAUCUAAAGAGACACAUUUGAUACAUGUUAGAAUUGUCUGCCUUGUGAUGUCAUCCACUACUGCUUCUUCCUGCUACUUCAGUACCUUUUGUGCAAAGGUUCAAUUGGUGUUUGCACCAAACAUAAGACAUGCCCUUACUUGGGCCAGGCCUUCUUUCUGAUUCUUUAGAACGCACACUGCAGGCCUGCACUGGCCCCUUGUGUCUCUAAACAUGAUUGCAUCAUUACUCUCUAUAGCAUAAGUAUACCUCUUCAUUCGUGGAAACUGUUCAGGGAUUUAUUAUUUAUAUAAUAUAACACAUGUUAUGGUAAUGGUUUAAUUUCAUUUGAACAUGCAUCAGAUUACAAUUGAGUGCAUCCCAUAAUCAGUUCACAGUUCCACAUGUCCAAAAGGAGUAGGAAGAAGCAAAGCUUAUUAAAUCCUACCCCUCCAUCUGGUACUUUUACAAUCAGUAACUGUUACAUUUGUUCACUUCCUGCUUUCCAUCGUACAGUUUAAGGUUUUUGGGUUUUUUUGUUUUUUAAUAAUGCACCUCGUACCAAAGAUUUUAAUCUGCGAUAAAAGUUCCGGCAAUCACAUCUGGUGCUUGUGUGUCCUACUAAACGACACCUAGUGACCAUUGUGGAAUAUACUGUAUAUAACAUAUAAUUCACAGUGUCUUUGAAUGUGUCUUCUGAGCUAUUUCUAUACUUGAAAAGGCUUGAUUGAAGCAAAAAUGUUGGUAAUGGUUUUAUUUCAUUUGAACAUGCAUCAGAUUACAAUUGAGUGCAUCCCAUAAUCAGUUCACAGUUCCACAUGUCCAAAAAGGAGUAGGAAGAAGCAAAGCUUAUUAAAUCCUACCCCUCCAUCUGGUACUUUUACAAUCAGUAACUGUUACAUUUGUUCACUUCCUGCUUUCCAUAAUACAGUUUAAGGUUUUUUUUGUUUGUUUUUUUAAUAAUGCACCUCGUACCGAAGUACAAGGUGAUAUGACCAUCCAAUGAUAUAAUGUGUACCAUAGUAAGUGUCAAUAUAGUGAUAUAUAUAGCACAUCAUGACUGGUUCAAGACUCUUCAUCCUUGUAUUUAGCAAACAUCAACUGCUUGUAUUGUUUCUUGAAUUGGCUCAUCGUUGUGCAUUGUUUGAGGUCCUUACUCAAUCCAUUCCAUAGUUUGAUUCCACAUACUGAAAUGCUAUGGCUAGCAUAACGUAGUCCUAGCAUAGAAGUGUUUCAAAUGUAGUUCUUCCCUGAGAUCAUAUUUCUCCUCUCUUGUAGAGAAGUAUUGGAUGACAUUUUUAGGUAAUUGGUUAUUUUUCGCCUUAUGUAUUAUUUUAGCUGUUUGAAGAUGAACUAUAUCAGCAAGUUGAAGUAUUUGUGAUUUUAGAAAUAAGGAGUUAGUAUGUUCUCUGUAGGCAGCAUUAUGAAUUAUCCUUACUGACCUUUUUUGCAGUACAUUUAGCGAUGUUCCCAUUGGGGAUCGUGGGAAUAGAAAGAAUCAACUGGAACCUUCAUGAAACCUUUAUCAAACCUUUUCAAAGACAUUUUACCAUUAUGAAAGUGUAAAAAUAAGUUAACCGCUGUGAACAUGUGUAAGUGUAAAAAGAUGUUAGCCAUUUGAUUUUGAUCCUUAAACAAAAAAAUAUUAUGUAUUUGUCAUGAAUUAACAUGUAUUAUUGUCACCCAAGUGUAAAAAGAAGUUAACUACUGUAAAACAACAAGCAUUGGAAUACUAGCUGCCUAGAAAAGUAGGGGAAAAAUCCAAAUAAAAGCAAAUGAGGUAAGCGGCGUCAUGUGGUCCAUCUUUAGAAACAGGUAUUGCAAAAGUAUGGGUGCCACCACAGGAGUCUUACAGAUUUGAAUAUGAGUCAGCUGACUAACUUAAAUCUUCUCGUUAGACCACUUGUAGAGGCUGAUUCUUUGCUCGGAGUUUAAAAACAGAACAUUCACGCGUUCCUCUUACCUUUACUGGAUUUAUGAGUUUACCCACAAAAAAAACAUUUCUGAUCAAAUCCCAGAUUUUACAAUUUAAUUGUACAUUCAUCUUAAGAGGCUCCGCCUUUGUGGUCGCUUUCCUCAACUCAACAUCUACUUUCAUAGUAAACUGUCACUUCCCAUUUUGAUGUGUGUGUGUGUGUGUGUGUGUGUGUGUGUGUGUGUAAGCCAGUAUUGGCCAACUGAAUGCGUUGUGUUGGUAGUCGUAUGCACACGGUCGGUGACGCUAAGUGACAUGGAAAUAUCUGGACAUGUGGAGGCAUCUAUUCCGCGCCAAAACACGAGAGAGCCGGGCUCAUAUCACAUGGAUAGAGAAGGACUUUGCCAGUAUUAGUUGCCAGGAUGAUGGUGAAAUCAAGGAGAUCAACAUCACCCAUGUGGUCAAAGAGGGUUCGGAAAAAGCAGACGCUUCUCACUUCGAGCUCCUCAAAGUGUUGGGUCAGGGUUCUUUUGGGAAGGUGUUCCUGGUGCGCAAGGUGACCCCUCCUGAUGACAACCAGCUCUACGCCAUGAAGGUCCUCAAGAAGGCCACGCUGAAAGUGAGGGAUCGUGUGAGGACCAAGAUGGAGAGGAACAUCCUUGCUGACGUCAACCACCCGUUCAUUGUCAAGCUGCACUACGCUUUCCAGACUGAAGGGAAACUCUACUUGAUCCUGGACUUCCUCCGAGGAGGAGAUCUCUUCACCAGGCUGUCUAAAGAGGUAAUGUUCACAGAGGAGGAUGUGAAGUUUUAUCUGGCAGAGCUGGCACUGGGCCUGGACCACCUCCACAGCUUGGGCAUCAUUUACAGAGACCUGAAGCCAGAAAAUAUUCUUCUGGAUGAGGAAGGUCACAUCAAACUCACAGAUUUUGGUUUGUGCAAAGAAGCCAUUGACCACCAUGAGAAAGCCUACUCCUUCUGCGGUACUGUGGAGUACAUGGCACCUGAGGUUGUCAACAGGCAAGGACACACCCACAGCGCCGACUGGUGGUCGUUUGGAGUACUGAUGUUUGAAAUGCUGACUGGAUCGCUGCCCUUCCAAGGGAAGGACCGCAAAGAAACAAUGAACAUGAUUCUCAAGGCUCGUCUGGGAAUGCCUCAGUUCCUCAGCGCCGAGGCCCAGUCUCUGCUCAGGGCUUUGUUCAAGAGGAACCCCGCCAACAGACUGGGAUCUGGUCCUGACGGAGCAGAGGAGAUCAAACGCCAUGGUUUAUUUUCCAACAUCGACUGGAAUAAACUUUUUCGCAGAGAAGUAAAGCCUCCAUUCAGGCCAGCAGUGGCACGCCCUGACGACACGUUCUACUUUGACUCCGAGUUCACCUCCCGCACACCUAAAGAUUCUCCCGGCGUGCCGCCGAGUGCCGGUGCUCACCAGCUUUUCAGAGGCUUUAGCUUCAUCGCGUCAUCUCUGUUGGAAGAGGAAGGUUUAGCCGAGCCGGUGCAACCCCCGCCUCACCCAGUGGUCCAGCAGCUGCACGGGAAGAACUUGUUGUUCAGCGACGGCUACGUUUUAAAGGAAGACAUCGGCAUGGGCUCCUUCUCCGUGUGCAAGCGAUGCGUCCACAAGGCCACCAACACGGAAUACGCCGUCAAGAUGAUUGACAAGACCAGCACAGACCCCUCUGAGGAGAUCGAGAUCCUGCUUCGAUACGGACAGCACCCCAAUAUCAUAACACUGAAGGAUGUGUACGACACAGGGAAGCAGGUCUUCCUGGUGACGGAGCUGAUGCGUGGAGGGGAGCUUCUCGACCGAAUCCUCAAGCAGAAGUUCUUUUCAGAGCGGGAAGCCAGCGCCGUGCUGCACACCAUCACCAAGACUGUGGAGUACCUGCACUCGCAAGGGGUGGUACACAGGGACCUGAAGCCCAGCAACAUCCUGUACGUGGACGAGUCGGGAAAUCCCGAGUCCAUUCGGAUCUGUGACUUUGGCUUCGCCAAGCAGCUUCGUGCCAACAACGGUCUCCUGAUGACUCCAUGCUACACCGCCAACUUUGUAGCUCCUGAGGUGUUGAAGCGUCAAGGCUACGAUGAAGGCUGUGACAUCUGGAGUCUGGGAGUCUUACUGUACACCAUGCUGGCUGGUUUUACUCCAUUUGCCAACGGGCCAGAGGACACCCCAAAUGAGAUCCUGAACAGGAUAGGCAACGGUCACUUCAGUCUGUCUGGAGGCAACUGGGACACGGUCUCCGACGCUGCAAAGGAUCUGGUGUCCAAGAUGCUCCAUGUAGACCCACAUCAGAGACUGACUGCCAAGCAGGUCCUCAGACACCCAUGGAUUGUCCAGAGAGACAAACUCCCCAACAGCCAGCUCCCACAUCAGGACCCCAAACUGGUCAAGGGCGCCAUGGCAGCCACGUACUCGGCCCUGAAGAACUCGCAGCCCACCCCCGAACUCAAACCCAUCGAGAGCUCCUUCCUGGCCCAGCGGCGUGUCAAGAAGCUUCCGUCCACCUCCCUCUAGACACCAACACCUCCCUUAUCAGAUGUCGGCAAAGCCUGAUCGCUUAAGGGGGCGGGACUACCAGCCAAGGAACACUGACUGUGACCCUAAAACACACAUUUUGUCUGCUAGAAGAUGGAUGGAUGGAGGGUUGUGUGUAAGGUGUAUGUAUGUGUGUGUGUGUGUGUCUGUGUGUGUGUGUUCCUGCAUGACCACCAUGCCAUUUUCAUUCGGCUUGCUGCACGUUUAUUAUUUGUCUGCCUGUUUCUUCUUCUGUCUCAUUGUUUGUUUGAUAAUGAGCUUUACAUGAGCGGACUGUGCUGCUAAAAAUCCAUUUGUGCCGGCAGCACGGCGGCCGCAGUACUGUCCAAAUGCUGUUCAACUGUUGUUUCUUCAUAUAUAUAUAUAUAUAUAUAUAUAUAUAUAUAUAUAUAUAUAUAUAUAUAUAUAUAUAUAUAUAUAUAUAUAUAUAUAUAUAUAUAAAGUAAUGUGAAUAAAAUAAUAUAUAUAUAAAGAUAUAUUUCUGCCAUAAAUGCCUAUUUGGCUUUGGUACAGCCAGAAAAUGGGGAUUGUGGGAAAUGUUUGUCAAUGUUUCUUUUCCGGUGUCAGUUUGCAUGACUUGCAGUGUGCAGUCUUUCCUUCUCUCCGUGCGUUAUGUUUGUUUCUUUUUAUGAUUUCACUACAAACUGGUGGCUUUCUGUGAAAGAGACUCGGCAUGUUAAAAAAAAUAUAUAUAUAUCGGCUCCAUUUUUUUUUUUGUGUUUAGUUUUGAAAUUUGGCAUAUCGAAUGCAUGUUUCCUGUGCUGGCUGCUUUUGUUGUUGAUUUUUCUCUCUUUGUGUGUUGGUUUAAGAUUGUGCAAGACAUACUGAGCACAUUGCAGAUAAAAAAAAAUAAUAACUAAACAAAAGGUCUCUUCUUGUGUUAGAGGCCGAGCAGACUGUUCUGACAUGGAAUUAAGUCCUUUGUUUUCCUCUCUCUUCAAAUUCAAAUGACCGGUUGUGUUUCAUUCAUUGUUAUAUAAAUAUCUAUUUUUGUUUUAAAUUGACUUCAAGAUAGUGUGCCCUCAGUGUGUAGGUCCUGCUUUCAGCUCGGUGCCUAUAGGCCUACUUGCUGAGGAGAUGUCCGGAAUGUCUUUACAUGGAGGAAAAACACACCAGAAGAAGAUAAAGAGCUAUACGUGGCUCUUUGAAUGCCCUACCAAUGAACCAGCUGUCUUACCUCAAAAAGGGAUUUUAAAAAAUUAUCUUUUUUUUGUUCUUGUGUGGUUGCAAACAAAAAAACAACAACACAUUGCUCCUUUUGACUCAAGUUGUGGUGUGUAUCUUAUUGUAUGAUAAAGAUGAAGAUUUUUAUAUCUUACAAACAUUAAAGAUUCAGUUGCUACGGUAA